AUGCCGACAAUCAAUAUUAAAAGGGAUCUGCUUUUCGAGGCCCUUGGAACGACUUACACCGACGAAGAGUUUGACAAUUUGUGCAUUUCGUAUGGAUUAGAGCUCGACGAGGUGACUUCGGAAAAACAAAUGGUUUCCAAAGAACAAAGCGAGUCUAAAUCUGAAGGUGCUUCUGAUGAUACGAUUUACAGAAUUGACAUACCGGCAAACCGUUAUGAUUUGUUAUGUCUAGAAGGAUUAGUGGAUGCGUUGCUUGUCUUUCAAAAUAAGAUGGAAUUACCCCAUUAUAAAGUAAUUCAGUCAAAAAAACCAUUAAAAGUACUUGUUAAAUCAAAUACCAAACAAAUUCGGCCUUAUGUUGUCGCAGCUGUACUGAGAGAUGUUACUUUGAAUGCAGCAAGAUAUGCUAGUUUCAUAGACUUACAAGACAAACUACAUCAGAAUAUUUGUAGAAAGCGAUCACUUGUUGCUAUUGGUACUCAUGAUUUGGAUACAAUUCAAGGACCGUUCACGUAUGAUGCUUUGCCGCCUGAAGACAUCAAAUUCAAAGCUUUGAAUCAAACAGAAGUUCACAGUGCUGCAGAACUAAUGGAUAUUUAUUCAGCACAUGCUCAAUUGAAACAAUAUUUGAGUAUUAUUAAAGACAGCAGCGUGUAUCCAGUCAUUACAGAUAAUAAUGGAGUAGUACUAUCGAUGCCACCAAUUAUCAAUGGUUAUCAUUCUAGGAUUACUUUAGAGACCAAAAAUAUUUUCAUUGAGUGUACAGCAACUGAUUUGAAAAAAGCCAAUAUUGUUUUGGACACAGUUUUGUGCAUGUUCAGUAAAUAUUGUUCGAAUAAAUAUACAGCAGAAAGGUGUGAAGUUGUAUACCCAGAUGGGGCAGUAAAAUUGUAUCCAGAACUGAAAUAUCGCAAAGAAACAGUGAAUCGGAAGAAAGUGAAUUCAUAUUUAGGGAUCAGUGAAAAUUUAGACAACCUGUCCUCUGCCUUAUCGUCCAUGUGUUUGAAAUCGGCUGUUUUGAAAGAAUCUGAUGUGGUUGUUGUUCAAGUGCCUCCGACUAGACAUGACAUUAUCCAUGCAUGUGACUUGUAUGAAGAUGUAGCUAUUGCUUACGGUUAUAACAAUAUACCCAAAACAUUACCGAAAACCACAACGAUAGGUUCUCAACUGCCCAUCAAUUCUCUGUCUGAUAAGAUUAGGAAUGAAAUAGCAUAUUGUGGCUUCAAUGAAGUACUAACUUUCUCCUUAUGUUCAAAAGAUGAUGUUUCGACAAAAUUCCGGAAAAAUUUUGAUAAAGAACGUACUGUAUGCAUAAGUAACCCAAAAACAUUGGAGUUCCAAGUUGCUCGUACUAAUAUUUUAUCUGGAAUUUUGAAAACAAUAUCAGCUAAUAAAAAAAUGCCUCUACCUAUGAAAUUGUUUGAAGUAACAGAUGUGGUACUUAAAGAUGACACCACUGAAGUGGGGGCUCGUAAUGAAAGACAUGUGUGCGCCAUAUAUUAUGGAAAAACCCCAGGAUUUGAAAUUGUUCAUGGCCUCAUGGACCGUAUAAUGCAAAUGUUAGACGUAAAAUUUUCUUCUGAAAGUGGCAGUACCUAUCAAAUUAAAGCUGCCAAUGAUGGUACUUACUUCCCAGGUCGCUGUGCACAAAUAAUUUAUCAAGGGAAUGUCAUUGGAUUAAUGGGUGUUUUGCAUCCUGAUGUGAUUACUUCCUAUGAACUAACCAUGCCAUGUUCUGCAUUUGAAUUUAAUCUUGAACCAUUUUUGUAA